AAUUAAAAUCUCGUCUCCUUCUUCCUAUCACAUUCAAAUUCCAAAAUCACAAACCCUAGAUUUGGCAUGGUCAAUAAAUCCGUCACAACCAAUGCUAAAAACUUUCUCCCUCUAAUUAAUUCAAGCACACCAUUGUCUUUGUUGACCAUAAUUUCCCAUUUCUCUAUUUCAACAAUAGUACAGAUCCUUGAUUCUUAUUCUAGAGCCCGCGCAACUCAAGAAACAGAAAUGGAAUGCUCAUUUGAUUAUGUGAUUCCCACUGAACAUAGAAUUAAAGGCAGGCCUUCGCAGAAGUCUUCCCUUCAAAAACUUGACUAUGUUCGGGAAAUGUUAGAUGAUGUUCAUCAAGAAAUGCUGAUGGAAUCUUGUUUUGGACAACUAUAUCGAAUGAAGCGCAUACCUUUUUCAGCACAGCUAAUCCACCAACUUGUAUUGAGAAUGAUUGUAACCAAAAAACAAAAUGAGAUCUGGUUUUCAAUUGGAGGUAAGCCAACACGAUUUUCAUUAUACGAGUUCUCAUUGAUAACGGGGUUGAGAGCUAGUGAGGAGUCUUCGUUGGAGCCCCAUAUUGUGACUAAUGAUAGAUUGGUGAAGAAACACUUUAAAAAGUGUAAGAAAGGCAUAACGGUGCACAAUUUGAAGGAAACUAUUGAAAGUCGCAAAGUGCGUAUGGAAGACAAGUACAAGAUUGGGCUUGUAUAUAUUUUGGAAACGGUACUACUGUCCAAAGAAAGCUACACAUACAUAAAUGUAGAACACUUGUCAAUAGUUGAUGACCUAGAUGCUUUUAAUAGUUAUCCUUGGGGGAGAAAGGCGUUUGCCCGCACAAUUGAUGUAUUCACGAGAGACUGGAAAUCGUUGGUGAAGUCAUACUUGAUAAAUAAUGAGAAAUAUCCAUAUUCAAUUUAUGGAUUUCCACUCGCCUUGCAGAUUUGGGCCUAUGAAGCCAUACCAUCUAUUGGACGGAGAUAUGUUGAGAAUCUACAGGAGGCUGACCUUUCCAGAAUAUGUCGAUGGAAUUCUUCUGAAAUGCCUAACUACAAGGAUAUUGGUGCAAGUAUGGACGAACCAAAUAUUGUUGUUCAUUGCACACUGAAGCCUACGUCGGAAGAGGCUUCCAAAGCAUAUUGGACAGAGAUUCAUCGAUUCGAAGAUGAAGUAGAGGAUCUGACAGUUGAUAUCUUUGUGGAUAAGGAGAAUGUAGCAGAUUCGUCCAUUCGUGUUGAUCUUCCUCAGCAAACUUGCCACUCUCCUAAUGCCUCUACAUCUCCUCGGGAGCCAUCUUCUUUUCAUAGGCCACCUACGUCUACAGAUGUUCAUACAUUUCAUCCGGGACCAUCUACAUCAUAUCCAUUUCUGUAUCCAUCUAGAGAUGAGUUCGCUCAGGAAUUGAGAAUGCAAUUACUACAGAUGGUAGAGAUUUUAGAGAGGAAAAAUGAAGGGCGGAUAGAUGAGAUGCGAUCUUACAUAGACCAAAGGUUUGAUUGUGUUACAUCCUUUUGUAGACAAAUUGAUGAGAAGAUAUCAUCUGUUGUGGAGUGGAUGAAGAAUUCUAACCCGUCAACAACACCUUACACAUAUCACUCUCCUCUUCGUAGUGGAUUUAUGAAUACUGGAGAAGCAUGUGAUGUAAAUGAGGAUCCACUUGUUCAUGUAGAAGUUCAAAAUGAUGAGAACCAAGAUGACAAUGAGGAGAGAGAAGUGGAAGAUUAUGUGUUGGCGAAUGAACCAGUUAUUGUAAAAGAAGCAACGUUGCCCACAUAUGGCAAUGAACAAAAACAAGCAGAUGAUAUGAAUAACUGUCCAAAUCCCAUUGAAGUGGAAAAUGAGCAAAGGCAAGCAACAGAUUUGCCGAAUGAUGAUGAAACUCGUGUGGAAGAGAGAGAUACCUGUGUACCGAUGGAUUCUAUAGCACAUGGUGAUGUAAUGGAGUCCAUCCCUAUAGUGGUGGAAGAUGAGUCUGAUAAGUCUAGUCAGAUUGGGUGCGGGAUGAGAAUCAAGAAAAGGUCACUUGUUCUUGAAUCUCCGUUCACAAAUCCGGAGAAGAGGAGGAAGCUUCGCAAUGUAAACGCAUUUGACCCAUUUCGAGAGCUAGAUCCGGCUAAGGCAGAUGACUUACAGAAUUGGUUGGUUAAUGCACCUGACAGUGAACAUGUGGACAUAAUGAUGUUCACGAAGCCAAAAAGUUUCUUGCUUGAAAUUCAGAAGCAAUUUAGAUGGCUCGAUAGUGAUCACAUUGACAUAGCGUUGUUGUUGAUGAGGGCACGAAUGCAUACAUAUCCUAUUGUGUUCCCACAAGAUUGUGCAAUUUUGGAUUGUGCUUUUACUAACAUGUGCACCAAGAGGUUUGAAGAUUUUGAGCUGCAUAAGAAAGAAAAAAAUCCAGUAGAAGACUUUAAAUCGAUGAAAAAUAUGACAAGAUAUAUAUAUGGUAAAAAUCCAGAAUGGAGCAAGCGAUGGGAUUCUUGUACAUCGUUGUAUAUUCCCUGCAAUGUAGAAAUGAAGCACUGGAUUGCAUUCAAAGUGGACUUUGCCGAACGAACUAUAUAUGUAUAUGACAGCAUGAAGAGUUUGACUCGUUUUGGAAAAUUGCAAAAAAUCAUGCAUCCAAUUGUGAAGGUGAUUCCUAGAAUGAUGAAGGAAAGUUUGUUAUUCGGGGAAAACUACCCACACAAACAGUUUCUAUGGCGUCAACAUGCAGAUGUUCCACAACAAAACAAUGCAUAAAUAAUCUAUCUUUAAAAUUUUUUAGAUUUUCACUUAUUUUGAGAGUGCAUAUAUUUAUUAUGACAAAUAUAUAUUCGUAGAGGAGAUUGUGGGAUGUACGUUAUCAAGUUCAUAGAGCUUUUAUUGGCGGGAUUAGACGUGAAACUUAUAUCCGAUACUAUGAUUAACAGUUGGAGGAAGAAACUAGCCGCUGAAGUUUUUGCUAUGCAUUUCGAUCCAUAAUUGUUUUUUCA